AUGUAUCUACGCGCCGUCCAUGCCGAACCCUCCAUCCCAGCCUUGAAAGCUUUCCUCUCCGCCAACCCCCUCGGCCUCCUUACCACCGCCCUACGCUCUUCAGACCCAUCAAUCCACUACCUUCAAACCAGCCACAUCCCCUGGGUAAUCGACGACCCCAAUCCCUCAGACUCCUCCCUACCUACUCUACGCGGUCACAUAGCACGCCAGAACCCCCACGCCAAAGUGUUUAUCGAACAUGCCUCUGCAUCUCCCACCUCAACCCCAUUCCAAUUCCAACAAGAAGUAAUGGUGUUAUUCAAUGCACCACACCAUUCCUACGUAACUCCUAAAUUCUACACAAAGACAAAACCAGAAAGUGGGAAAGUGGUGCCGACAUGGAACUAUGCGGCUGCACAAGUAUAUGGAACAGCUACUGUCUAUGUGGAUUCAAAGGCAGACUCGACAAUCGAGUUUCUGGACAAGCAGAUUAGGGAUCUGAGUAACAAGGCUGAGGAAGAGAUUAUGGGACAUCAGAAGCCGUGGCAGGUGGAUGAUGCGCCGGAGAAGUAUAUCGAGCUUCUGAGGAAGAAUAUCAUUGGGAUUGAGAUAAAGGUCACGAGCUUAGGCGGAAAGUACAAGAUGAGUCAAGAGAUGGGUGUUGAGGACAGAGAAGGUGUUGCCAAAGGGUUCGAGGACAUGAAAACUGAAGCUGGAGACUGGAUAGCAAAGACGGUUAGAGAACGUGGACAGACCAAGUAG